AUGAUUUCGGAGGUGCAGAAGGCCUGGGAGGCCUGUGACCGUAUCGACACCGCAUUUAUCCUUGUUUGUACUGUGUUUUGCUGGACCAUCAUUCCUGCCGUGGGGCUGGGGUACUCAGGCUAUUCGACCAGGCGUAGCGGCCUUGCGUCGUUUAUGCCCUCGCUCCUCACGGUCUGCGUCUGUUCUAUCCAAUGGUUCGUCAUCGGGUAUACCUUGGCAUAUGGCGAAGGCGAUGGUGGAGUGAUUGGCAAUCUCAAAUAUGCCUUCCAUCGAGGCGUGCUCGCCGAGCCAGUCGGCACCAUUCCAGCUGUACUCUUCAGCGAAUUCCAGCUGGUCUUUCUGGCCACAGUGUGCGCUAUUGCUGUCGGGGGCACUUGUGAACGUGGUCGCAUUUUGCCUCUGAUCCCUUUCAUCUUCUUGUGGGCGACUCUAAUCUAUUGUCCGCUGGCCCAUAUGGUCUGGGGCGGCGGCUUUCUGGGAGAGAUUGGGGUGCUCGACUUCGCGGGUGGAACGCCUGUCCACAUCUGCAGCGGCGCAACGGCCUCGGCGUUGAGCUUGUACUUGUCAUAUCCCCUCGCAAGGUCACGCAAGUCAGACGUCAGGACACCAUCUCAUCUGAAACUUCAUCGGCCUCAUAAUUCCAUGUGUCAGCUGCUGGCCUUGAUUAUCAUCUGGGGUUCCUGGUUGGCCUUUGACGCUGGUACCACGCUCAGCCUGACUUUCCAGUCUGUCAUGGCUCUAAGUGUGACCAACCUGUGCGCUUCGGCCGGGGCAAUCACUUGGGCUUUGAUCACUUAUUUUGAGACCGGCCUAUGGUCCUUGGAUUCGACCUUUAUGGGAGCAAUUUCGGGGCUGGUCAUGAUCACCCCGGCCGCCGGGUUCAUUGACCUUCCAACAUCUCUACUAUUCGGGGUCAUCGGCGCUGCCAUCUGCCGUCAAGCGCUGCGAAUCAAAUUCACCGACUUCGCGCGAAAAUGGAAAUGGGUCGACAACGGCGAUACAUUCGCCACUCAUUGCGUGGGUGGCAUUGUCGGUACCCUUUGCACAGGUCUUUUCGCCCAGAAGGCUGUCGCAGCAUACGGAGGAGUGGAAGUUGACGGUGGGGUCUUCUUCGAUGGCAACAUCCGCCAACUGUGGAUUCAGAUUGUUGAAGCUCUGAUCGGCUUCACCUGGUCUUUUGUGGGAUCUUUCGCGAUCAUUGCUUUGAUUGAUUGCAUUCCAGGCCUCGAGGUUUUGGCAGAGGACAAGGACGUCAACAUGGGCAUGGAUGCCUCUCAGAUGGACGAGAGUCUGUAUGAAGCCCAAUGGGCAGGCGAGGAAGACUAUAAGCCUCUGGCAAAUGGCAGCAUCGUGUUGGAUUAG